AUGUUACCGGAGGCAAUAUUAAAAGACUUAGGCUUGAUAUUGUUAACAUUGGCACAUCUUUCACAAGUCGCAACGGCAGAGUGUCAGAAAAUACAUCAACAUCGGGAAAUUCAAAUUCCUGGAUUUAAAACAGUUCCUAUUCAUACCAAUGCAUGCAAAGAGACGACGUCUGCUUUUCUAGAACCAAUGGUGGAUUUAGAACUAGGAUUAGCGCUGACCAACUUUCAACAUAUUUAUAUAAAACGUUACCAUGAUGGGUGCUGCUGUGCUGUCAGAAAUUCAAGCGCUCAUAGGAUCUCGGUUGAAAGUGUUGAUGGUAGAAAUAUAAGGACGUUUAAAUAUCGACGAAUCGAUUCUUGUACCUGUAUACAAUGUAAUCUCACCACGACUUUAUCACAGCACACAGCAAUAGAAUACUUUAAAUGA